CAAGGUCCCAGUGAGGGAGCGUGUGUGUGUGUGUGUGUAUGUUCAGGGGCAGUGGCCUCUGCUGUAGACAGUGAUGGUUUGUGAGAAUCUGCGGAGGUGUCACUUCACACCUCUGUGGCCUGGCCUGGACUUAAAAACCAGUGCCACAGACCUGAGCAGCACUCCCAGCCUCAGUCUCUCCACACAACAUGGAUACCUCGUCAGUGCCUCUGCUCAACUACGGCCUGCAGUACCAGUGGUGUUCUGACUCGGAUCUCUCCAGCAUCUCCUCUUCAGAAACCCUCUCCCCUGUUCCCUCUAUGGAUUCCAGCCUCUCUCCUUCCUACCAGCAGCUGCCACAGUCCACUCCUAAGGCAGCCAAGACUGGAUAUUCCCAGACUCUCAAAUCCUCACCCUGCUCCCAUUCUGGACGUGGCCGGAAGACGGGCCGAGCCACCCGGAUGCGCAGCAAGCAGAGGGAGAGCGCCAGCGAGAAGGAAAAGCUGAGGAUGAGGGAUCUGACCAAGGCUCUGCAUCACCUCAGGUCCUACCUCCCGCCCUCGGUGGCCCCUGCCGGACAGACCCUGACAAAGAUAGAGACCCUCCGCCUUACCAUCCGCUACAUCUCCUACCUGUCGGCCCAGCUGGGCCUCAGCGAGGAGGUGCUGUUUCAGAGGAGGGAACAAGGAGACACCUCGGCCAGUGACAUGUCCUCACCUGACAUCCUCAGCUACUUCCAGCACGGGUCCAUGGGAGGACAGGGGGCCCAGCUGCAGAACCAGAGCCUGUACCCAGCCCAGUGUCACAGCCAGAACACCAUGCUGCAUUCUGGGAACUGUAGUUUUGGUGUGGAUCAGUACAGUGGACAGUACAUUGAAGCUCCUCAGGGAGACAUGAGCAUGGAUACCAUCCUGCAGUCACCUCCAGCAACACAGCCCUGCUGUCAGAUGUGUGGCAAAGACUUCUGCAUGCCGCUGGUUCCCAGAGAAUACUGGGGUUAA